AUGCGCUUGCGAAAAGGCAAGAUCCACUGGCCCAAAAGAUGGAGCUCGAAGAAAAAACAGGACUAUGGGAGUGAGAAUGGUACAAACGCAGAUCCUGACAAUGCGAAUAACAUUGUCCCUGAGCCAGACAAGACCACGAUUCCUCACGAAGAUGAGGAGACAACAGAUCGCGAUUCCUCAAAUCUCUGGCAAGUUGCCUAUGAAUCCCUGGACCAAGAUGAGCGAUCACAACUAGACUCGAUCCGCCAUGGAGUUCCCGAGGAACACCGCGACAACCAACAUUCCGAAGAUCCAUUCAUUUCUAUAUGGCUGCAAGACACUAUCAGGACCAUUGAGACCCAGUUUGAGGUUCGAAAGGCGAAGGAAGAUACGUCGAGAGUAAGGAGAGCUGCCAAAGGCAUCCUCGAUACUGCUUGCUCGAUGCAGAGUGUCGUGGGUAGCAUCGCAGCCGCGGACCCUUCUGGUCAUGCAGCAAGCGCUUGGGCGGUGGUAUCACUUGGAUUAACUAUGACCCAGAAUGACCGCACGCUCCAGGAUGCAUUGUUCGAGGCCUCCGAGUUUCUGACAGAUAUACUGGCCCGCUAUACUCUGGUGGAGAAGCUAUUGCACAAAAGCCACAAGGAUGCUCGGAUAAGGCUGGGGCAGAGUGUUAUUAGGCUCUAUGUGAACAUAAUGCGAUAUGCCUUAGAGAUGACUCGCGUUCGAGAGAUGGGCGUGGGCAAACGAAUUUGGAUCAGUCUUUCGGUGCCCGACCUUGCGAGUCAGCAACUAUCCACGCUCCGCGCAAGAAUCGAAAACGAAGAUAAGAGUCUCCAUAGUCUAGUUGACCUGGACCAGAACAUCCAAAACAGCCAACAAGGGGAAAUGCUUCUCGCUCGAAUUGAGCAGAAUUCUGCACUGAUUCAGAAAAUUGAUCAGAACUUCCAACUCUCGAAGUUGCCUCGUGCCGCCAAAGCUAUAAACGGCGCCUGGGAAGACCGUCACGAAGAACUCUGCUUCAAAGACACAAGAGAAGGGCUCUUGCAGGAGAUUGUUGACUGGGUGGACGACCCUCAUGGCACGCAAUUCUUCUGGCUUAACGGUAUGGCGGGGACAGGAAAGUCGACUAUUUCGCGCACCCUCGCCAAAUUCUUCCAAGGCCGAGGAAUCCUUGGAGCAAGUUUCUUCUUCAAGAAAGGCCAAGAAGACUGUGACUCGGCCAAGAGGUUUGUGCCGACAAUUAUUUACCAGCUGACAAAACUUCUCCCGAGCCUCAAAAAGGACAUUCAGGAUGUGAUUGAAAAGAAUGAGUUGAUAUUUGACCAGGGCCUGGAGGAGCAGUUCGAUGGGCUAUUUUUCAAUCCACUCAGCAGUGUACGAAUGCUGCAGCGCCAGAUACUGGUUCUCAUCCUUGAUGCGGUCGACGAGUGCCAGAACCACCAUGACAUAAUGCAGAUCUUCCAGCUCCUGUUGAGAACACAGAGCGUGAAAACGUUGGACUUGCGGUUUUUUAUCACAGGAAGGCCAGAGCCGGCCGUCAUUAGUAGCUUCCAGAACAUGGAGAGCAAUCGAUACCGAGAAAAGGUCUUGCAGGAUAUCGAAGGCGUUGAACGCGACAUCUCAACCUACAUGCACGCCAAAUUUAGCGAAAUAGGAGCACAGCCCGGAGUUGCAGCCAGCUGGCCGGAAGUAACCAUGCAACGAUUGACAGGGAAAGCAAACCCGUUGUUUAUUGUGGCUUCAACAAUAUGUCGAUUUGUUGGGGACGAGGAUUUUGACCCGAAGGAACGCGUCGAACUGAUUCUUCAGCAGCCCCAUUCAGACAACAAGCUCGUUCAAACCUACCGCACUGUAUUGGACCAACUGAUACUCGAUAAAAGUGGGAUCGACAAACAACAGAUACUAGAAGACUUCCACCGCAUCGUCGGGUCCAUCGUUCUUCUCUAUGAUCCCCUCUCAGUCACGUCCCUGGCACGUCUUCUCGAGGUGCGACAAGAUACCAUUAAGAGGAGAUUGAGGCUCCUGCGCUCCGUGCUCGUAAUUCCAAAUGACGAACAUAUUCCAAUCCAACCUCUGCAUCUAUCAUUCCGAGACAUUCUGAUUGACCAGAGUACUUCAGGCAUGAUCCCGUUCAAGAUAGACCCAAUUAAACAAAAUCAAUAUUUGGCUGAUCAAUGCCUUCGAGUAAUGUCCGACCACCGUACAGGUCUUCGAAGAAACAUGUGCAACCUAGCAAAUGACGGAUAUUUGCGAAGUGAAAUCCACGGCAUUGGGCAAGCUCUGAGCCCCGAGUUGAGAUAUGCGUGUCGUUACUGGGCUAAGCACCUUGUGGACGGAAAGUCAGUGAUUGACCAGGAUCGUAUCUACACAUUCUUCGCAGAACAUCUUUUGCACUGGUUAGAGGCGAUGAGCAUCCUUGGAUUGGUCCCAGAGGUAUCAAGACAACUCACGAGUAUAGAAAAGUUGUUUGCUGUGAGUGACACUUUCUGA